AUGAUUAGAUUCCCAUUUGGCUAUGCAAGACAAUUAUACAGUAGAAGAACAUGUCUAGUUCUAAAUUGUUUACAUCUUAAAAGGAGUUAUUUUAAUAUUUGUAUUAUUGGUUCUGGACCUUCUGGAUGUUAUGUUGCCAAGGGUCUAAUAAAAGAAUCAUGGACUUAUAAUAUUCCUAUAAAAAUUGAUAUAAUAGAUUCUCACAGUAAACCAUAUGGUUUAAUAAGAUAUGGGGUGGCUCCUGAUAAUACUGAUAUAAAGGACAUGAUGAAUGAAUUAGAUUAUUCAUUAUUUAGGAAAUAUCCUGACAUAGUCAAGUUUUGGGGUGAUAUAACUGUUGGGCAUGAUUUGACAUUGAAAGAUAUUCGAGAUUUAUAUGAUGUAGUAAUUCUUGCUGUAGGUGGAUGCCAAGAUUAUAUAUCUCUAAAAUUACAUAUAAAGGUUAAUUCAUAUAAUAACAAAUUAAUCAAUGAGAAAGUUGGGGGGAUAUUUCCAGCUAGAGAUUGGGUACUUUUCUAUAAUUCUCACCCUUAUUUUAAAGAAAUGUUAUGUGGUAGUCAAACAAACUCAAGAUAUAUGCCACUAUAUUACAACUUGAAAUUCCCAAUAGAAGAGAUAGAAACAAAUUUAGAUUCAACAUCGAAAGUAGAAAUAGCACAAACAAAAGGGACAAACUUAUCCAAAUAUAAUAAUCAAUCUGAAACCACAAAAUUUAUUGCAAAAUCACAGAAUUAUGGAUACUCUAUUGAUGACUUGAAAAGAUCAAUAAUUACAAGUUCAAAUGAUCGUAAUGCUAUUAUUAUUGGAAAUGGGAAUGUUUCACUAGAUAUAGCACGAUUAAUGUCGUUUUAUAAUUAUAACGAAUUGAAAGAAAACAAAUAUGUAAACCCACAUUAUAUGAGACUUUUUGAUUGUAAAUUGUUGGAAUCUCCAUUAUUUAACAAUAUUUAUGUAAUAGGUCGUAGAGGAUGGGUACAAACUUCUUUUACUACAUCAGAAUUAAGACGUUUUAUAUAUAAAUCUACAUUAAAUUCAAGAUAUAAUAAUAUUAGAGUAAUGAUGUCUAAGGAAGAUUUCAUACUAUCUCAAAAUGAAUCGAGUGUUGUAGAACUUACUUCAAGAAAUAUAAAUCCGAGGAGAUUAAAUAAGAUAAAAGAUAUGAUGUAUAAGAUGGUUGAAAAUUAUUUAGAAUAUAAAACUGCAGGAAACCAAGAUCCUUCCAAAAUAAAUGUAAUAUUCAAAUAUCUACAAUCACCAAUAAACAUUAUUACAAAAGAUAUGAAAUUGAAAAGGGAAGAGAAUAAUUUAGUUAAAAUGCCAUUUAUAUCUGGAGUUGAAUUUGUCCGUAAUGAAUUAAUAGGUUCACCUUUUAACCAGAAAGUAACUCAUAUUUAUAAUAAGAAAAGCUUUUUACCUUGUCAACUUUUGAUUAUUUCUACUGGAUUUAAGCCUGAUAUCCGCCAAGUAUACUUUGGGAGCAAUUUAUAUAGUGAUGAAUAUAAAGAACAGUUAAAUUUAGGUGCUCCUCCUGUGUUUCAUUCUGGUUGGAUGAGCUCUAAUAGUAAAGGUGAUAUUUCGUCAACUAUAUUACAGUCUUUAGAAUUAGCUAAACAGAUUAUUAACUAUUUAAGAACUAAAAAGCCAAAAUUCAACAGUUUUCAAAUAAAUGAUAAAUUAGCUAGGAAAAAUUUUUAA